AUGACUGAAAAAAAUGAAAUUGUUGGAUGGCGCAGAUGUUAUUUGGAAAACAUUAAAAAAUAUCGUCAAGAAGGUCGACAUAUUUAUUUCCUCGACGAAACAUGGGUGAAUGCUGGCGAUUGUACAUCAAAAACGUGGGUUGACACAACGGUACGAUCUCACCGGGACGCAUUCCUAAAAGGUCUAUCGACCGGUGCUGUUAAUCCCUCGGGCAAGGGCAAACGCCUUAUUGUACUCCAUAUCGGCUCAGAAGAUGGUUUUCUACCCGGAGGUUUAUUGUGUUUCGAAUCAAAAAAAAACACACGCGAUUACCAUGACGAAAUGAAUGGGAACACAUUUCGUGAGUGGAUGGAGGGAAUUCUACCUCUACUACAACCGAACUCCGUAAUUGUUAUGGACAAUGCGUCCUACCAUUCCGUCAAAAUCGACAAAGCCCCAACAUCCUCUACCCGAAAGGCGGAUAUUAUCAAGUGGUUAGAAGAUAAAGGAGAAGUUAUAAAUCACUCAAUGGUCAUCCCUCAACUUCUACUCAUAGUCAAACGUUUGAAGCCACUGCAUAGUAAGUAUGUUAUUGACGAACUUGUAAAAGCCAAUAAUCAUACAAUAUUACGACUCCCGCCAUACCACUGUGAGCUAAACCCCAUUGAGCUGGCUUGGUCAUCAGUGAAGAACCACGUCCGGAUGAAUAAUACCACUUACAAGCUUCCAGAUGUUUUGUCCGUGGAGAAAUCAGAUGAUUUGUUGAUGACUAUCACUGGAGACACAUCAUCUGAAACGGAUUCAGAUACUGAAUAA